CUAAUAUUAGCCAUCCAGGGGCUACUAGUUUAUGCUGGGCUUGAAUCAAAGACCUGAAGAUGAGCUUCCUACUCUUUGGUGUCACUGCCUUACAUCUCAUCAUACUGGUGAUCCUCUUCGUUGCCACACUUGACAAUUCAUGGUGGGUAUUCUCCGAAGAGGAGACUGUGAACCUCUGGUAUGAUUGCCUUCUUGACAACAACACCGGAGUCUGGUUGUGUUCAUCUGUAUCUACCAAUGAAUGGUUCCACGCGGUCCAGGCUCUCAUGGUACUUGCAAUCUUGUUCUCCAGCUUUUCCUUUAUGCUCUUCAUGUGCCAGCUCUACACCAUGCAACGAGGAGGACUAUUUUAUGCCACUGGUGUUUUCCAGAUCCUUGCAAGUCUUGCUGUAUUCUCCGGAGCUGUCAUCUACGCAACCCAUGUAACAGAUUUCCACCCAGACAGGGCAAAGACGGGCUACUUUGGCCACUGUUUUAUAUUAGCCUGGGUGGCCUUCCCCCUGAGCAUGCUGAGUGGAAUCAUGUAUAUCCACCUCCGGAAACGGGAAUAAGGCAGUCUGGUAUUUUAUUUUCUCCUUCCAAACAUCAGAGAAUAUAAUACAGGCAAGAGGAUACCAAAAAAAUAUAAAAAGAUUUGGAGAACCUCAGUGCCAGCCCUGGGAAUGGACUUCAUGCUUUUAAUUGACUCUCUCAUCUUCAUCACAAGUUUACGGAGCAGCCUUCACUCUGGCCAAGAUCUUCUCGGCUGAGCAGCAGCUUAACCCAGCUCAGUGAAUAUGACACAGAAAUAUUAAUUUGGAAAUGACUAAUGUGUCAUACGAUAUAACCGUCCCACGCAAUUUAUACAAAGCAGACGAGCCGCUACAUCACUCCACUUUUACAUUGAAAACCAGAAAUGAGUCAUUGGGAUUCCCCUGGAUCGUUUCCUCUCUAGAGCCAAGUGUUUCUACUGUCACUUUCGCAAAAGAUUUGUUGCUCUGUAUUGAGGCAAUGACGGUGAUGGAUUUUCCGGCAGAGGCGCAUUCAUUUCUUCCUGAGAAUCAACUAUCUUCCUACCAGCAACUAUCUUCAUCCACCACCGCUGAUAUUCUCCAUUCUUUUCCUACAUCGCUGUUUGGACUAAGUUGGACCAGUGCUGGUUAUUAGCACCCACAACAGGACACAACACAACACAACAGGACACAACGCAACAGGACACAACACAACAAGACACAACAGGACACACCACAACAGAACAUUAAGCAACAGGACACAACAAGACACAACACAACAGGACACAACAGGACACAACACAACAAGACACAAUUCAACAGGACACAACACAACAGGACACAACACAACAGGACACAAAGCAACAGGACACAAUACAACAGGACACAGCAGGACACAACAGGACACAAAGCAACAGGACACAACACAACAGGACACAACACAACAAGACACAACGCAACAGGACACAACACAACAGGACAUUAAGCAACAGGACACAACAAAACAGGACACAACACAACAAGACACAACGCAACAGGACACAACACAACAGUACACAACACAACAAGACACAACACAACAGGACACAACACAACAGGACACAAUGCAAUAGGACACAACACAAGACACAACACAACAGGACACAACACAAAAAGACACAACAGGACACAAAGCAACAAGACACAACAGGACACAACGCAACAGGACACAACACAACAAGACACAACACAACAGGACACAACGCAACAGGACACAACAUAACUGGAUACAACACAAUAGGGCACAUCGCAACAAUACACAACAGGACACAACACAACUGGACAAUGCUUCUCAAUAUGGCUGCUGGUCAGAAAGUCGCCGCAUGAUAUUGCCCAUCUAGUGGACACAUAUUAAUAAUUCUGUAUUUGUCACCUAUGACUUCUAAGUAACCACAUCUGAUAAGAGUACAUUGCAAUAAAGUUUUACCAAUUCCAAUAAAAGACCCGUGAGAGAAUUGAAAUAAAAUACUCAUGUUUAUGGCGACCACAUUCAGCGGUAGACAUCCUUGCUCCAUGCUUGCACUCUUAUAAGACGGUCUUCAUUAUUUUUUUUAUUUUUAUAGUUUUUUAAUUAUUUGCCUUCUGAUUAUUUCCACCUUUCAAAUGAGAGGCACUGACUAAAAAAACAAAUGCUCUGUAAGGCUACACAUCUAUUGUUAUUGCUACUUUAUAUUACUCAUCUUUCUAUUCAGGCCUCUCCUAUUUAUAUACCAGUCUCUUAUUCAAAUCAAUGCAUGGUUGCUAGGGUCAUUUGGACUCUAGAAACCAGACUGCUAAAAUCGCAACAUGAAGGGCUGAUAAAUAAAAAGCUAAAUAACUCAAAAACCACAAAUAAUAAAAAAUGAAAACCAAUUGCAAA